AUGGCUGCAGUUCACAGCGUAAAUCCAAAGGCGUUUCAGGUGGAACACAGCCGCUUGUCGAGCAGUGAGGAAUGGGCUUUGGCUUCACCCGGGCCUACCUCUCGCUCUCUCGCUCUGACCCUGUUCUGUCCGUCCGCCGGCUUUUUCACCGCUGGAGAAAUGACGGCAUUAGGCAAACGACGCAAACGAGAGCCAAUCAGCAGAGAGACAGGGCAGACAGCGGGAGGGGGCAGGGGUGCGGAUGUUAACAGAGAUGUGAGCCGGACUAAAGGAGCGCUCACAGAAGAUGAAGAGGAGAAGGCCAGAGCUGCUGAAGACCCUUCCCCCUGGACCUUUGACAAAUUGGGCUCCGUGCACAUCUCGCCGGCCCCCAGUCGCUGUACGUCUCCGAGGAGGAAGCCGCGUCUCCCAAGCAGUAAAGUGGAAAAACCAACGCCAGUGCAGGAAUUUAAUGAGCUUGCGGACUGCACUGAGACUGGAUACUCAUGGGUCGGAACCAGCCCGGUCCCACUACGGGCUUCAUUUAAGGCCAUCAAACGCGGGAUACUGGGCUAG